AUGUCGCUCCUCAAAAUACCUCUAGUUCUCUCAUCAGCUAUUGCAGUCCAGGUAGCAGUCACACCUCCUCAUUCUGCAUCCGAGGAGGAAGGGCUGUGCUGGGUGGAGGCAUUGACAGAAAUAGCUGCCAUCAUAGCUCGCCACGUCGAUUCCUCAAAAAUGCCAUCAGUUUUGCGAACGAUAUCGAAAGCUCUGAGCACUCUCACAGACGUCCCCAUCACUCCUUCCUUUCUUGUGGGCUGUGGUCUCGUGACUAGUGGUGCAUUCAUCCGCUGGUUAUGCUACCGAACCCUCGGUCGCCAUUUCACGUUUCUGCUCAGCAUACGUCAAGAUCAUCGGCUUAUCACCACAGGACCUUACGCGAUCGUCCGCCACCCUUCUUACACAGGAAUGAUGAUGCUCUGCUUCGGAAUCAUCAUUCUGCAUGGCUCUCCCAAUUCAUGGUUAAGGGCCUCUGGCAUAUCUGCGAGGAUCCCUGGAGUGAUACCAGUUGUCGCUGGAACUUCCGUUGUGUGUACAGUGGUGAAUUUUGGGUUGUUCAGAAGAACGAAGGAGGAAGAUGAGCUGAUGCAUUCUACCUUCAAAGGCGAAUGGGAGGCAUGGGCGAGAAAAGUGAAGUACCGGAUCAUACCUGGCGUGUACUGA